AUGCCAUCCAGGGUGAAGAAGGGAGCACUCCCAGUGGAGUCGGAGGUCGAACUCGACGUCUCCAAGGCCAUGGCCGAGAGCCAACGUCGCAUCAUGCGGCUGAGGAAGCAGAGGGAUGAGCGUCUCUUGGGCGUCGUCGCUGAGUGCCAAGACGAGCUGAAGGCGUUGGCCGAGGUCAAGAAGGAUGACUACGAGCGGAAGCGCCAGAAGAUGGCCGGAGAGCAGGUGCGCCACGUGACAACUCUGAUGGACAGCAUUGAGCGGAGAAGGGCCAUAGAGGAGGAGAUGAGGAAGAUUGUGGACGACAUGUGCGAGGCCAUGUACGAGGUCGAGAGCAUGAUAUGGGCCGGGUACGAGGGCCGGUGGGAGGAGGUAGCCAACUGCAUCCGAAGGGAUGUAGCGUGA